CGAGCCCCGCUCCCGCUCCCGCUCCCGCUGGCCAGCAUGAGCCUGACGGCCGAGAGCCACCGCGUGGCCCUGAGCGACGGCAACAGCAUCCCGCUCCUCGGGCUUGGCACCUACUCCGACCCCAAGCAGACUCCCAAAGGUGCAUGUGCAGAAUCAGUGAAAAUUGCCAUUGAUGUUGGAUAUCGUCAUAUUGAUGGAGCCUUUGUUUAUAAAAAUGAGCAUGAGGUGGGACAGGCCAUCCGAGAGAAGAUAGCAGAAGGAAAAAUAAAGCGCGAAGACAUCUUUUAUUGUGGCAAGUUGUGGAAUACAUAUCACCCACCUGAGCUGGUACGUCCAACUUUAGAGAAGACAUUAAAGACUCUGCAGCUAGAUUAUGUUGAUCUCUAUAUUAUUGAGCUGCCAAUGGCUUUCAAGCCUGGAGAUGUAACCUACCCUUUAAAUGCAGCUGGAAAAUUUGUGUAUCAUAAGACAGAUUUAUGUGCCACUUGGGAGGCUAUGGAAGCAUGUAAAGAUGCAGGCUUAGCAAAGUCUAUUGGAGUAUCAAAUUUCAACCGCAGGCAGCUGGAGAUGAUCCUGAACAAGCCUGGCCUCAAACACAAACCAGUCAGCAACCAGGUUGAAUGCCAUCCUUAUUUCUCCCAGCCCAAACUGUUAGAAUUUUGCAGACAACAUGAAAUUGUUAUUGUCGGAUAUAGUCCACUGGGAACCUCAAGAGAUGAAACAUGGGUAAACGUGUCUUCUCCUCCUUUACUGAAGGACCCUGUGCUAAAUGCCAUUGGGAAAAAAUACAACAAAACAGCAGCACAAGUUGCUUUGCGCUUCUCCAUCCAGCGAGGAGUGGUGGUCAUUCCCAAAAGCUUCCAUCCAGAGAGGAUCAAAGAGAAUUUCCAGAUCUUUGACUUCUCCCUGACUGAUGAAGACAUGAAGGAUAUUUUAUCUGUGAACAAAAAUGUCCGCUAUGUGGAGUUGCUAAUGUGGAAGGACCACCCGGAGUAUCCCUUCCAUGAUGAAUACUGAGAAUAAAGCAUACCCAAAGGCAUUCUCUCAACUCAGUAGUGGGGAUUUGUUCAAACUUACCUAGUAUUAAAUGUGGAGCUUUCAUUUCAAGGGGAGACUUUUUAGAUAAUAUGAAUUAAAGCAUGAAUUGUAUUACCUCUACCUUGUCUCUUUAAACUUUGUUUCCAAUUAUUGAAAGAUAGUUGCAUUUAAACUACUAAUGCGUCCAAACCUUUUCAGCUAAAUAUCCCGUUCCUUGAGAAUAUGAAGUCUCUAAAAAUAAAAUGGAGUUAUUGAUUUAUAUAUCUUGAAUGGCAGUUUAGGCCUCCUUCUAGAUCAAAAUGUUUGCUUUAUGGUAGACCAUUUUCAUUUGGCUUUGGAGUCAUAGAUUUGGACUUGUGGCAUUGGAAUAAGUUCUGUCCCAACAAAAUACUGUGAAAGUAGUAACGCUAUGUUUAACAAUCAGGAUUUAGUGAAAGAUGAUUAGUGGAUUCAGAAGUUACUUCAAAAACCUCUUUUAAGAAAAAAGCUUCAAAUAAAUAAAGUAAGUUUCUUAUGUGCA